UCUGUGCACGAUGAAGGGCACUAGUGGUUGGUGAUCGUAAAAACACGUGCCUUCACCCUUCAUACAUUUAACCCAGGUAGCAAACUGGUUUUGUUGCUGUUUUUCUAAUAACUUUUGGCUAUUAAUUAGCUACGGAUGACUCUCAAAAACAGGGACCGAAAACUGAACUCACAGACUUGUCGCUCGGUGAAGUUGUCUCCGCGAGCGCCCGCUAAGCAUGUUUGUUUACUUGGGGAAUCCGGAAGGGCCUGAGGCUGCCUGCAAAUGCUAACGCGCCCGCUAGCUCCAUUGUGCAACGUUCGUUCAUCUGACAGUGUUGACCUUGCAGCGGGUAAGAUGGCUAAUAUACGUUAUCAAUACAGCAACAGUCGAUUGAACUUUAUGGAUGCAUUAGGGUCCUGAUUGAACACACACAUCAUGGCAACUGAGGCUGCAGUCUCCACCCCUGGUCGUCCUGCAAUCCCCAACCACUCUCAGGGGGACUAUCACUUUGUCCGCUCAUUCGUAGCUGGAGGUGUAGCUGGAUGCUGUGCCAAGUCCACCAUCGCUCCUCUGGACAGAGUAAAGAUCUUACUGCAAGCCCAUAGCCCCCACUACAAAGAUCUGGGAGUGGUAGCCACUCUCCGUGCUGUGCCAAAGAAGGAGGGUUACCUGGGGCUGUAUAAAGGCAAUGGGGCUAUGAUGGUCAGGAUAUUCCCCUACGGAGCCAUCCAGUUCAUGGCCUUCGACAAAUACAAGAAGAUCCUCAGUAAACAGCUGGGCAUCUCUGGACACAUCCACAGGCUAAUGGCCGGUUCUAUGGCAGGGAUGACAGCAGUGAUAUGUACGUACCCUCUGGAUGUGAUCAGAGCCCGUUUGGCAUACCAGGUGAAAGGACACCAUCGCUACACAGGCAUUGGAAAUGCCUUCCAGACUAUAUACCUAAAGGAAGGAGGCAUCCCUGGCUUCUACAAAGGUCUCAUCCCAACCCUUAUAGGCAUGGCUCCAUACGCAGGGUUCUCGUUCUUUACCUUCGGCACGUUGAAGAGUCUAGGUCUGGCCCACUUCCCAGAGCUACUGGGGCGACCGUCCUCAGACAACCCAGAGGUGAUGGUGCUGAAGACCCAUGUCAACCUGCUCUGUGGAGGGAUGGCUGGAGCUAUCGCACAGACCAUUUCCUAUCCUCUGGAUGUUGCCAGGAGAAGGAUGCAGUUAGGAGUGGUGCUUCCUGAUUCUGACAAAUGUCUUACCCUGACCAAGACUCUGAAGUAUGUGUACAGUCAGUAUGGGAUGAAGAAGGGUCUGUACAGAGGGCUGUCUCUCAACUACAUCCGCUGUGUGCCCUCUCAGGCUGUGGCCUUCACCACCUAUGAGUUCAUGAAGCAAACCCUCCACCUCAACUAGCUGCUCCCUCCCCAUCCAUCCAACUCCACCCUUCAUCUCUGCAUAGCUGGAUUGGGGCACGUUCACUAAGGCUAAACACUCUGAAACGUUUAGAGAGAGAAAGAUCUCUCGUAGCGGUCUAUCUCAAAACAGCCUGACCGAGAGCAUUCACUGGGGCUAUACAUUCUGAAAUGUUUAAGAACUUCCUUAGAAACUCCCUGCGUCUCAACACAAACUGACCGGGGAACUAUUAAUUGGACAACAUUUUUCUGAACGUCUUUCAGUGCCCUGAAUAUUCCUUAUUAGAUGUGUUAAUUUACCCUAGUAAACCUUUUCUGUUUUAAGGAGGUCGGCAUCUGCUUGGAGGUAUUGAACCCUGCUACCAGAGGAGGCCAUUGGGGCUCAGCCACUGGAGCCAUGCUGAGCCCAGUCGCUCUUUGCCCCAGUCAGAAAGCAGAUGAAGGCACUGGGCCCCAUGGCAAUGCCUCAAACAACUGGCAGUGCCAAUCCAGUGCCCCCGUCUGUUCUCAGCUCCUGCUUUUGUGAUUCUCUCCCUCUUAUAAUGUCGUUCUAAAACCGCCCAACCUGUGGCUGUGGACAACACCCCGGCAACUAUUGCCAUGGAUACCUAUGGACAAUGACUCCCUCUGCUUCGAUGGGUGGCUAUGUGCAAUGAACCCCUAACAACUGUCGUUGGUAAUGCCAUAGCAACCCAAUUCUGUACACUGCCUCCCACCCUACCUAAGAAGUCACACAGACAAUAACGGAGAGGAAAGUCACACCGGGCAAUCUGCCUUAACAUAAUCGGAGGUCUUCUUUUCCUCAUGUACCUACCUGACACUUGUGAGUACAAACCUAGACACAUAAAAUAAUGAAACAAGGAUUUAAAUGUGUAAUAUGUCUGUUUUUAUAAGAGUUAUAGGACAACUCCUACAUUUUAUGAGAAUUAAGAACACUCUCCCCAAGCUUGUGUUUAACACAGAACUGUGCUUUAUGAGCGUCCUGAGUUUAGUAGAAUCCAAAGGAUAAAAUCCCAAAACAUCACAUUCAGUUUGUUCAAAACUGAACAUCAAAUUGUAUUAUUUUGAUGGUCUCCAAAAAGUCUUAUUGUCAGACAUUGAAACAGGUUUGCCCCAUGCAGUUUAACAGAUAUAACAGGUGUGUAUCUGUAGGAGUGUUGUCUUUGGUAUUGACGUGUGUUUAUGUCCAUUCAGGGUUUAGUGUGUAGUAAGUCUCUUCUCUACUGUGCAGGUUUGGGGUCCAAUGCCUUGUUGUAUACAAGUUGCUAUUUAUGUAUUGUGUUCCUAUCCACAAAGCCUCUGUGCACUUUGCCAAUCUUUUACCCGUAUAACCAACAGAUCUAUAUAGAUAGAUAUCUAUCUAUAUAUCUAAUUGCAACAGAGACAUAGAACACAUAGUGUCUGAAAUGCCAACCUAUUCCCUAUAUAGUGCACUAGUCAGGCUCUGGCCUAAAGUAUUGCACUAUAUAGGGAAAAGGGUGUCAUCUUGGACAUAACCAUGGCUGCUAGUCAGUUUUUACUUUAACCAGGCCAGCUUGUCAUUGGCUACGACGUAACAAUGUAGGCUAACGUUGGGUACAAGGCAGUGGUGUAGCGUGCAGAAACAGUCAUGUCCUCAGGCUAAUGAUGGUGUGUACCUACCUGAAGAGGAUUUUGAAAUGAUAGAUUUCUGUUGAGGAAAGAGUCUAGCAGGGUUGCAAAACUCAACUUUCCCAAAAUGCCCUGCUUUCCCAGAUAUUCCGUUUGGAUGAUUUUGAUAUUGUUCCUGUGAGAUGACAAUGAACUGAGGACUGACAGUGGUGGUUUUAACAUGUUGUGUUUUCUUUACCUCUUGCCUACAUUUCCCUGUGUUCAGGUGUGUGUCACGGGGUGUAGAAAGCAUUUGUCAGCUACUGAUCAAGAUCUAGACACUAGUAUUAAAAUAUAUGCUAUAUAAUGUAUCCUAUGUAAGAGUUGCUAUAUAGUUUAAGCACCCAAAUGGAAACCUGAGUUAAGUACUUCAAGGGGGGAAAAAACUAGCACUUUGGAGCCUUUGGCUUUUUUGUGUUAAUUUAUGAAAGUGUAGUGUGACUGUGUGGCCACAAGGUGUCCACAAUGAGUCAGUAAUAAGUUUACCGACAACAAUCAUCUGUAGCCUGCCCUGCAUGUAACUAGACAUACAUUACCAUGCUGAAGCCUUCAUAACCACUACUACAGCGACGUAUGUAUUCUGAUCUGUCCAUGUAUCAUCAUGAUGACUUUGGAUAUGUCAUUUUCCUCUUGGUUUGAAUGUACAUUGUGCAGCAUCUGUGUUCUGUACCCGUAUUCAUGAAGUGUCAGUUUUGCCUUUUCAAUCAUAAUGAAUAAGAGGGGGACCUGAUGUCAGUACUAGUGCUUCGUGACAAUAUGCCCUGUUCUUCUCUUGUUUAGCAAAAUGAUGUAAGGAAGUCAUAAGAAUCAUAAUGCACA